AUGGCGAACUUCAAAGCCAAGCCUCCUCCACCAUCAUCAGAUUCCAAACCUGGGAGCGCAACCGCCCAAAUGGCACCAAAACCGCGUGUCAUUUCCCCCCUAGAAUUGCGGAGAAGAUUCGCUCCACGAAAACCUCCAUCCGUGACAUCCUCCAUUCCCGCCGACUUCCAGACUCCUUUAGACACGGCAUACACCAAACGACCUUCCGCAUUUUCAUCCUUUCUAUCCCGAUUCCGCGCACGAUAUGCUGCUCUCCCGGCACCCGUCCGGGGUGCCUCCCGCUUCCUUCGUUAUCUCGCUCCGCUAGUGCCAAUUGGCCUAUUCUUCUCCGAACAUGUUCUGCAGGUUAUGUGGGUUCGCGGGCCUUCUAUGACGCCGUACCUGAACGAAAACUAUGCCGAAAUGCAGACAGAAAGUGAUAUGAUCCUUGUAAAUAUGUGGCCUUGGGGCUCGGGCCGGGCCAGGAGGUUGGAGCGUGGAAUGGUGGUUACCUUCCGAUCACCGGCCAACUCGUCGAAUAUAGCAAUCAAGCGUGUCAUAGCCUUGCCGGGUGACCGAGUCACAACGCGAGAGCCCUGCCCUCGACCUUCGCAAAUUGUGCCCUUCAAUCAUGUCUGGUUAGAAGGAGACGUCGAUGACCCGCGGAAAUCACUCGAUAGCAAUACAUAUGGCCCAGUUAGUAUCAGUCUGAUAACGGGAAGAGUGAUUGCGGUGCUGUCCCCGAGAAUGCGGUUUCUCAAAUGGCAGGAUUGGGAUAAACCUAUUGAAGAAAAGGAAAACGACAAUGCACAAAAGACACCCGAAGAAGGUUAUAGAAGUUCGGUGAGGAAUAGAGUUGUCAAAGAAGCUGUCAAGAUAGAGGCCCCUCUUUUUAACUGA